AUGCCUGACCUGAAGAACCGUCGCCUGUAUCGGCUCCGGGCGCUGUCUUGGUCGUGCGCUCUCCUCCUGUUGGAAAAGGGUACAUGUGCACAUGGAGAUGCAACGAGUGUGCGGCGGCUGGGAGGGACUCGCCUAUGGUGGACAUCGAGGACCGCAGCCUCGGUUGCGGCUGAAGCUGCCGCCGCCGCCUUGCCCUUUCUAGCCGCUCCAGCCAAAACGUCAUUUUUGCUGCCCACAGUGGCCAGCACUGAAUCCGCGAGAGCAGCAAAGACGGUGCCAGUUCCUCCAUUCCGCCUGCCCCAGAAGACGUGGAUGCCGUGGCCUCAGCCCUUCUCUGACAUGCAGACCCCUGCCAAGGACCCAAGGCCGGGACAAGCGCUGGAGAUAUACUCAGCGCCACGCAAUGAUACAGGCCAGGCACCCUUCCAAUUCCCCACUCAUGCGUCCAGAGGCAAAGAGGGGAGAGAGGCCUCCGACAACGCGGGGGACGAAACCGCGGACGGCGCCCUUGCCCUGUCCCUCCUAGGGUUGGGCCUGUGGAUUGCCUUGAGUGCCCUGCUCGUCAUCCGCUUCGUCCAAAGCGAGAAGCGCCGGGAGAUCAUGCUCCGAUUCUGGCGCGCGAUCGACGCGAAUCCUGAGCUGCGACGGGCCGUGGAGGAGGAGGCAGGAGGGGCUCCUCUUCCCCAGUACCCGCGCCGUCCAGGGCUCCACCGCUUCUUUCGGGCCUGCUGCGUGGCCUUGCUUGUGACGGUCGGCUUACACAUCGUCUUUUUCGUGGGUCCGCACCCCUGUAUCGGCUGGUGA